AUGACCCCGCCAACAACAACACCUCCUACGACAACGACCCCAACUGCUGCACCGGCAACAACACCUCCUGCAACAACCCCAACUCCUCCUGCAACAACAACCCCUACUCCUCCCGCAACAAUGACCCCGCCAACAACAACACCUCCUGCAUCAACGACCUCACCAACAACACCACCUCCUGCAACAACGACCUCAACAACAACAACACCUCCUGCAACCACGACACCACCAACAGCAACACCUCCCGUAACGAUGACCCUGCCAACAACAACACCUCCUACGACAACAACAACACCUCCUGCAACAACAACCCUGCCAACAACAACACCUCUUGCAACAACGACUCCAACUCCUGAACCGGCAACAACAAAACCUCCUGCAUCAACCCCAACUCCUCCUGCAACAACAACCCCAACUCCUUCCUCAACAACAACACCUCCUGCAUCAACGACCUCACCAACAACAACACAUCUUGCAACAACGACACCACCAAUAGCAACAACUCCCAUAACGAUGACCCCGCCAACAGCAACACCUCCUACGACAACGACCCCAACUCCUGCUCCAGCAACAACACCUCCUGCAACAACCCCAACUCCUCCUGCAACAACAACAUCUCCUGCAACAACAACCCCAACUCCUCCUGCAUCAACGACCUCAGCAACAACAACACGUCCUGCAACAACGACACCACCAACAGCAACACCUCCCAUAAUGAUGACCCCGCCAACAGCAACACCUCCAACGACAUCGACCCCAACUCCUGCACCAGCAACAACACCUCCUGCAAUAAUCCCUACUCCUCCUGCAACAACAACACCUCCUGCAACAACAACCCCACCAACAACAACACCUCCUGCAACAACAACCCCAACUCCUCCUGCAUCAACAACCUCACCAGCAACAACACCUCCUGCAACAACCCCCACUCCUCCCGCAACAAUGACACCGCCAACAUCACCAACUCCUGCAACAACAACCCCAACACCUCCUACAACAACGACCUCACCAACAACCACACCCCCUGCAACAAUGACACCACCAAUAACAACACCUCCUUUAACGAUGACCCCGCCAACAACAACACCUCCUACGACAACGACCCCAACUCCUGCACCAGCAACAACACCUCCUGCAACAACCCCAACUCCUCCUACAACAACGACCCCGCCAACAACAACACCUCCUGCAACAACAACCCCAAAUCCUCCUGCAUCAACGACCUCACCAACAACAACACAUCUUGCAACAAAGACACCACCAAUAGCAACAACUCCCAUAACGAUGACCCCGCCAACAGCAACACCUCCUACGACAACAACCCCAACUCCUCCUGCAACAACAACCCCUACUCCUCCCGCAACAAUGACCCCACCAACAACAACACCUCCUGCAUCAACGACCUCACCAACAACACCACCUCCUGCAACAACGACCCCGCCAACAACAACACCUCCUGCAACAAAAACCCCAACACCUCCUACAACAACGACCCCGCCAACAACAACAACACCUCCUGCAUCAACAACAGCUCCUGCAACAACAACAACCCCAACUCCUCCUGCAUCAACGACCUCACCAACAACAACACCUCCUGCAACAAUGACACCAUCAACUGCAACACCUGCUUCUGCUGGUCCAACAAUUACAAUUAGUGCACUAACAACAACUUCUUCAACAACAAUUACAACUUUUGCACCACCAACAACUGCUGUACCAACAACUACAACUACUGCACCAACAACAACCGCUGUACCAACAACUACAACUACUGCACCAACAACAUCUCCUGUACCAAGUGCACCUACUGCACUAACAACAGUUGCUGAACCAAGUGCACCUACUGCACUAACAACAGCUGGUGAACCAACAAUUACAACUACUGUACCAACAACUACACCUAAUGCACUAACAAUAAUUCCUGUACCAACAACUACAACUACUGCACAAACAACUACUGCUAUACAAACAAUUAUAACUGCACCAACAACUGCUGUACCAACAAGUACUGCACUAACAACAACUUCUUCAACAACAAUUACAGCUUUUGCACCACCACCAACUGCUGUACCAACAAGCAUAACUGCAGCAACAACUGCUGUACCAACAGCUACAGCAGCAACAACAACUCCUGUACCAACAACUACAAGUGUUGAACCAGCAACAACAACAACUGCUGCAACAACAAUAACAACUAUUGCACCAACAACUACAAAUACUGCACCAACAUCUUCUGUGGCAACAACUACAAUGAAUGCACUAACAAUAACUCCUGUAACAACAACAAUUUCUAAACAAACAACUACAACUCCUGCAAUAACAACUUCAGAAACAGCAAUUAAAGAACCAAGAAUAACAGCUUCGAAAACAACAACACCACAUUCAUCAGCAACAACAAAUUCAGCACUAACCACAACUUUCCAAACAUCAACUGAUUUAUCAUCAACAACAACUUCUCAAACAAUGAUUGCGACAAUAACAACAACAGCUUCACAAACAACAGAUUCAUCAACAAUAACUUCAACUACUGCAACUUUAACUACUACUAAUUUUUCAUUAAUUACAACAAAUUCUCAACAAAAAACAACUACCCAACUCCAAACGACUAAAAUUGUAACAACUGCUGCACCAUCAAUCGCUACAACUACUCUAUUGACAGCCACUCAACUAAAAAACAUAAACACUUCUCCAUCAAGAAUUGUUCCACCAACAAUUAUAACUACACCCACAACCACUACAAUUUCAAACACUCCACAAUUACUAACAACGACUGCUUAUGCAACUGUCAAUGUCAAAUUCUUUGGUAACCUGAGCACUGGUCAAAUCAAGGAACAUAUUGACAGGCUUGUCAAGAUCAUUGAAAGUCGUUUUAAUGGGGCCAUCAAGAUUACUGUGAAGAAACCUGUUUAAUGGACAUCUCAGGCAGCUGUUUCAAUUUAU